AUGUCAGACGGUCUCGAUCUGGACCAGCUGCAAGCUCAGCUCGAGCUCAAACGGUCCGCCUUGGCCGAUAGCAUCCUCUCCAAGCUGCCUGGCUUCGCUGGUGCCUCUGCCUCUUCCUCGGCCGCAGCACCCACCCCACCGCAACAGCAACGAAGCGCUCGUCCGCGACAAGCCAACCUCGGAGUAGGAGCAGCGCCUAAACAUCCGGCAGGGAACGACAACGGCAGCAGUAACAUUGAUAACGGCAAGCCACGAAGUGCAGCAGACUUGCGCCUCAAGGGUGCCUUAACAGCAAAGCGCAAGCGAUGGCAAGACGAGGAGCUCACAGCGAAAGCUGAUUCGAGUUCGGAAGACGAAGAGACCAGUAGAGCAAAUGCCAUCUCUGCUACGAAAAAGGCCAAACAGUCAAAUGCUAGCACAAUCCCAGCCUCGACAGGCGCCAAUGGCAAACCAGCCAAGAAGGAUCCGUUUGCUGCCAAGGGGAUCGAAGCGCAGAGAGCUGCGCAGAAUCAGCCCCGCAUCGUGGUCGUAGACGGAGAGACCAUCGACCUUUCCAAGCUCAGCAAGACGCAGCGCAAGAAGAUCAACAAGCAGCUCAAGGCACAAGAAGAUCAGCAGCAGCAACAGCCGUCGACGAGCAACACCCGCCAGGCCGACACCGAUGAGACACCGGUACGCGAUGCAGCUAUCACACUGACAAAACAAAAGUCUGCUGCAACUUCACCCUCUAAAGCCACUUCCAACUCGUCAGACAGCGGCGCAAGUGCAUUGACACCACUCCAAGCCCAAAUGCUCUCCAAACUCUCUGGGUCGCGUUUCCGCACGAUCAACGAAAGGCUCUACACCACGGCCUCGGACGAGGCCGUUCGCAUGAUCGAUGCUGCUCCCGCCAUGUUUGACGAAUACCACCAAGGCUUUCGUGAACAGGUGCGUUCUUGGCCCAAGAACCCGCUCGAUCGCAUCGUCGAGCUUUUCGACAAAUCCCUGUCGAAUACGACUAGCAAGGGCAAGGGCAAAAACAAAGGUACUCAGCCUCGACCAACGACCGGUGCAGCCAAGGCACGUUUCACGCCUGGUGCAUUGGUGAUCGAUCUGGGAGCGGGCGAAGGUGGUCUGGCCAAGAAGUUGGUCCCGAAGGGCAUUAAGGUGUUGUGCUACGACCUCGUGACGACGAGCGAUGGGUGGGUGAGGAAGCAGGAUACAGCGGCGAUUGGCGGGCUGCCCUUGCCAGGGUUCUUCGAGGACAGCAACCCACUGGGGCUGCAGGUUGCACCAAAGGGUACCGCGGACGGUGUAGCGGAUGUAGCAGUGUUCUGUCUGAGUUUGAUGGGUACCAACUGGAUCCACAUGCUGCUGGAGGCCAAGAGGGUGUUGCGUACAGGAGGCGAGCUGAUCAUCGCCGAAGUAUCGAGCAGGUUUGCCGACGGGUUUGAUUCCUUUGUUCGCAUCGUCAAGAUGCUUGGAUUCAGUCUUGAACACAAAGACGCAAGCAACACCCACUUCGUCCUCUUUGAAUUCGUUAAGCUGACUUCGCAGGCACACCUCGCUUCGCUCUCCUCUAUCGCAGCCGAUAGCGACAUCGACCCUCACAACACGUCGCUCGACGAGCUUGCCGCGAACGGCAAGACGUUGCUGAAGCCGUGUAUCUACAAGCGUCGAUGA